CAGUGGAAAUUUUCAAGUACUGUAAUUUUAAGAAAUCUGUUUUAAUUGGAAGCCCCUGCAGAAUGGGAUGUCUGUGCCUGAGGAAGGCCGCUUCCUAUCCCUCAGUUCCACAGGACAUCAUGAACACCCUCAAGAAGAAUACAGCACUGAGUCGCAGUCAGAUCAAGUAUCUGUAUAUUCGAUUCAACCAGUUUUCAGGAGGAGAAGAACCUCCAAGUCACCUGCACAAGUACAACUUCUAUUCUGGCCUGCUUCAACUGAACCCCUUACUUCCCACCAUUCUGAACUCCAUGUUCGGGGAUAAAGUGAAAAUCACCUUUUUGGAUUUCGCUCUGUUUCUGAGCACCUUUCAGGCCCAUUCGCUUAAGACCUCCAAUGAGCUGAAAAAUGCCAUGAUGGACAAGAAAUUAAAGUUAAUUUUUAACAUGUACGAUCACAACAAGGACGGUCGUAUCACAAGGUAUGACUUAGUCAUAGUUGUGCACAAGUUGUUUUCAAAUCUUUUGGAUCACGUACAAAUCAUGCGCAUUGUGGAUUCCAUGAUGAAGGAAAUGGAUAACUCGAACUCGAAUCAAAUACUAUUCCCAGACUUCUGCAAAGCGUUGGAGUGCUUCGACAUGACCGAAAUGAUGGUCACCAGGAUACCCGAGUUCCAUGGACGAACUACCGAUGAUUUGCAAUAAUUAAUAGUCCAAUUUGAUUUAUUUAUCCAGCUGCACCCAAAUUUACAAGAUCUACCCGCUAAGAGCCGUUAGAAGUGGUGUUAAAAGUUUUAGAACAUUAUAUAGGGCGGGGUUCAACAUUUUUAACAGACUAAAGUCUCCUGAUGAAACUCUUGAUAGUGCGCUCGAUAAGCCGGACAGAAGAGAGUUAUUUAAACAUGUGGAUCCCGUCGUUCCAGUCGAAGAAUCAAAGAGUCCGGCUGCUUUAGAUGUUUGAAUUAUAUGUAGAAUGAAGAUCUGAAAUAAACGAAUAUUAUUAAACCAUAACAAAUAUAAUUAAACCUAUAUCGAACAAAACUCACGAUCAAUAUAUUUCUGUGCAACUAUCAAACUGAACUAUACGCCCUGUGUAUAUAUAGACCAAUUCCUCAAAUAUGACCGAUCAAGAUGGCCGUGCACAGAUACUGCAUAUCGGGGCAAUAUAGUUCGUGAGUUAGGUUUGAUUUGGCUGAGGUCGUUAGUCAACACAAUCACAUCAAUGGCCAGCCCCCGAAUGCGAAAUUUUAUGACUCUAUUAGGGCGAAAUUCGCAUGGCGACGUGGAAAUAAGGUAAGGAAAUAAGCUGAUUGUCCAUAUAUGCGGCUAUGCCUCUAUAUAGUCAUACUCCCAUUGAGCGGAUCUUUCGGGCGCGUUGAAGGAAUUUUGCGGGACUGCCUGUUGUAUUUUCGCUUAGCAACAUAAAUAACAUUUUAUUGGCAAUUUGGUUGCGAAAUUAAUGUGCAUACAGUUGGCAACUUUGGUAAUUUAUGCAAAUAAAACGAUCGUAAAUUUGGCAUUAAAAC